CUAGUAUGGAGGGCUUUAGAUAAGUCGGUUUGCAUUGAAAUUGUCCACACUAAACUGGUUUAUUUCUAAACCGGUUCCAAACUGCUUUGAGGGCAUAGUGCAAACAGGGCUUCAGGUAGUAGUUGGUCUGAGAUAAUCAAACCGGUUUAGAUACUGAAGCAGCUGUAUUAUGAUCUGAAAGUACACUAAAAUCAAAACAUUUCCUUCAAGCAAUCCUCUGCUUUCUUGCUAUAAAAACUCGGCAACUGGAGGCUGAGAGACAUCAGUGUUAAAGUGGAAACAAGAAAAGAGAAUCAAUUGCGGAGAAGAUUCAGUCAUGAAGGUCACUCUAGUCUUGUGUCUUGCACUCUUUUCCCUUGCUGUUUUCCUGCCUCCUUCCAAUGCCAUUAAGGUUUCAAACUUAGUUGGUAAAACUUUUAGAUUUGUGUCCAAGAACUAUCCUGGAUACUUCAUGCGUCACAGAAGCUACCAGAUGUGGCUCGAUCGUAGUGACAGCAGGCCACUCUACCGAGCUGACAGCUCCUUCAAAAUUGUUCCUGGUCUGAUUGGACAUGGUACUGUCAGUUUUGAGUCCAAGAACUUUCCUGGACACUACAUUCGUCACUCUGGAUACUUGUGCUACAUUCAUAAAAGUGAUGGUUCUACCCUCUUCAAGAAAGAUGUAUCAUGGAUACCUGUACCUGGUCUUGCUGAUCCUUUGGGAUACACUUUUGAGUCGUUCAAUUACCGUAAGUGUUACAUGAGGCAUCAGGGAUACAGGGUGAAGAUUAGCAAGUUUUGUAACACUAACCUCUACAGGAAUGAUGCCACGUGGUAUCCUGUGCCAACUCAAGUUAUGCUAGAAUCUGCAGAUAAUGAGGAGCUGCCAAUGGAGGAGUAUAACCCAACCAAUGAAGAGGAGGCUCCAAUUGAAAAUGAAGAGCCUGCAGAGAAUUUUCCAGUUGAAGAUGAUGCUCCAGCUCAAGAAGAAGAAGAAGUCAAUAAUUGAAGAAAAGGAACUAACUGAAAGCAUUAGGCUUAGAAACUAGUAGUAGUAUAGGACAUUGUUUUUAGUAGGACAUUUUAUUUUUGUAGUCUAUUUCAUGUAAGACUUUUUCUCUAUCAUUUUUUUUGUCAAAUAAAAUUUUGAUUU